CUGAACCGGCCCUUACCCUGAAAUGUCCAGCACUAUUUUACUGGCUGGCUUUUGCCGGUUGACCGGACUGGCCGGAUAGAUAACUUCCCUUCUUCAGGAUAGAGGGAAGUGUGAUGGCGGAGGAGGGCGGCGCCGCCGCAUCAUCAUCGGGAGGAGUAGUGAAGCACAUACUGCUGGCCAAGUUCAAAGACGGGAUCUCCCAAGAAGAGAUCGACCACCUCAUCCAAGGCUAUGCCAAUCUCGUCAAUCAUAUCCAUCCCAUGAAAUCUUUCACCUGGGGCAAAGAUGUGAGCAUAGAGAACCUAAACCAAGGGUUCACCCACGUGUUCGAAUCAACAUUUGAGAGCACCCAAGGUGUUGCAGAGUACAUUGCUCAUCCACUUCAUGUCGAAUUUGCAAACAAACUCCUCCCUCAACUCGAGAAAGUCCUCGUCGUUGAUUACAAGCCUGCUGCUGCAACACUCGCGCUUUAACUUCACUCUUCGAAGGUGAGUGUUAACGUUCGAUUGCUUGUGUCAUUUCUCAGCUUUGAAAUUUGUAUUGUUCUCGCAAUGAACUCAUCAAGCGCUUGUUUUGGUUCAAUUGUGCUAUAUGUUUGCACCAUUCCAAGAUCUGUAUGUGCACAAUCUUUAUCUAUAUGAAUAAACACAUCUUGAGUAA